AUGGUACAACAGUUAGAUGAACGGAGAGAAUUUCAUGAAGCGAGAGAAUUUUAUCAAGCAAUUUCUCGGAAUAAUACAUGGUCUACGAGGCAACAUUACACACCCGAUUCACAAAUCAAUAUGUCUUUUGGCACAAUUGCAGAGAUCGCAAGAUGGGCUAUGAGAGCGUUGCCGCCGGUUAAAAGUUUUAAUGGUGGUGCCGGAAAUAUGGAUUGUCCUAUUUGUAUAGAACAAUUUGCGAAAGGAGAAUUGAUUCAAUCUUUUGGACUGUGUGGACAUGAUUUUCAUACCUCGUGUCUCAAUUCUUGGUUACUCGGAGGAAAAACUACUUGUCCAGUUUGUCGCCUAGAUUUGUCCAAUCAACCACAUAGAGUUUAA